UGCAUUCUUUUCCAGCGCAUUGGCGUUAUUUUGAUAAAUUGGUGUAAAUGAAAAAUGAACAAUUUACUUUAAUAAUUUCAAAAUAAAAUAAAAACAACAUAAUGAACAGUGUCGUGUUGUUGUGUUAAGUUAAUGCGAUGUCGGUUUUUUGGUCGAAAGAGUCACAAUGACCCUUGAGUUCACGGCUGCAAUUACGAGCGCAUCGUGAUACUGCCCAAUAUGGGAAACAAAUUAAAAACAUUGUCGUAGAUUAGAACGUUAGAUAUUUAAUUAAAACUUACGGACUCGUUCACAGUGUAGAUCGUUGAAAGUAAAUGUUUUUUUUCACCAUGGUAAAUUUAGUCAUUGAACCUGCGGGUGGCGUGGUGACUGUGCUGUGAGUAGUGAUUCGGAAAUAUGUAAAUAAACAUGAACGAUAUAAGUUUGAAAACAGUACCUCCGAAGGAUCAAGCCGGUGUCGUGGAAACGCCGCCAACUGUGACCAGCGGAGAAAACGAUGUGGAUCCCUUAGUAAUUAACGAAGUUUUGACGAAUACAGAAUCAUUGAAAGAACAGGAAGGAGUCGAAGCGCCUCAUUCUGAAGAAAAGGCGGGAAUCUGUGAUGAAAAUGCCAAAGAAAAGAUUGUAAACCCAUUGGAGAUUGAAGAGUGUGAUAAAGCAGUUGAAUUGCAGUAUGAGGAACCUGAUGAACAAAUAAACGAAGAAACAAGCCUGUCAUCUUUACCAGUAGAAGAUCCUGUAGAGACUAUAACAAAAAACCCUGAGCCAAUAGCUGAGGAUGUUUCUACAGUCAAGCCUGCAGUGACUGAAGAGCAAGAGAAACCUGUUGUCGUUGAACCAGAGCCUGUAGCUCCUACUGUUACUGUUCCGGUUGAAAUAAAAGAGGAACCAAUUAUUGAAGAGCCAAAGUCUCAAGAACCGGAGCCUGAUGUAGAUAUGACAGAGACUGCACCGAUAGAGGAGAAAACUGAACACAAAUUUGAUUACAAGCCAAAAAUUCAACCCCUCAACGGUGAUAUUAAGGAAGAGCAAGGCGUUAAACGUCGUUCAAGCGAAGAAGCCGAAAGCGAGUCCCCCCUUAAGAAGCUCUGUCAAGAAGUAGAGAAGACCUUCCCGCAACAUGACACUAUGAUUAACGACUACAUACAGACUGCGACAAAGAACAGCGUCGACGAAAUACAGAGGCACACGGAGCAACUUCUCUCGGAGAUACAGACGCUACGAGAACUAGCACAGAAGAAGGAACACGAGUGGAAUAACAUCUUACACCUGAAGAAGGUCAAGGAAGAGAUCCUCCUGAGGCUGCUGAGGCGAAAACAGGUGUUGUCCUUCGAGAAAGCGCCCGAGGUGAACGGCUCAGACAGGCCGGACCCCUUCGACUACCUGAACCAUCCCAAGAACUUGGCGAUUGACAAAAGCGACGAAAUAUCCGGCCUAGCCAUAAAACCGCCCGGAGGAGUUAAUCCUAUGAUGCAGGGCCCCGUGAUGCCGGUGACGUCACACUUCAACCCCCUCACCGGCCUGCCCCCGCCGUACGACAAGGCCCACCUGCAAUCGAUGCCGAAGCCAGUAUUCCCGCAGAUGAUGAUGCCCGGGCCGUUACCGGGCUUCCCGAGGGACAUGAACGGACAACUGCCCGGCUUCGGGCUGCCCAUGGGCCGCCAGGGUCCCACCAAGGAUGUGAAGUCGAUAAUCGCGGACUACCGGCAGCGGAAUCCGGAGAUCACGCCGCGGAGAGGACGCCGGAUGAAGUCCAUCCUGAACCCCAACAUGAUGAACGCGCCGAGACCCAUCGCGCCGAAGAUCGACAACAUGAGCAACUUGAACAACCUGAAUAUGCUGUUCAACAACUUGGAUAUGAACCAAAAAGCGAUGUUAGAGCGUCUCCAGCAGAUGCAAGCGGGCGGCAUUCCAAACGGUCUCUCCUUCAAGGACGUGCUCGUGCAAUUCGCGAACAUGCAGCAGAACCCCAACAUCCUGCCGACCAGACCGGCGGAGACCAUGACGAGGCCGGAGCACAUCAGACCCGACAUGAGAAGGAGACAGGAGAGGCACGAGGAACACAUGAAGCAAGCGGAGAGGAUGGCCGCCUCCAGUCCGAGACUGCCGCCGCCUCCGCCCUACCCUGAGAUCUCCCUGCUGCCCGUCACCACGGCACAGGACACCUCGUCCCAGCAGAAUUCACUCCUCCACGGGAUCCUGACUAAGCAGUCGGCACCCGCGUCUCAGUGUUACUCGCCGACGUUGGCUAAACUGCUCACAUCGCCGGAAAGGAAACAGGCGUCAACGUUACCCACAUUCGGUCAGGCCAAGAAUUGCGGGGAAAUAACGAUAACGCCUGUACAACCGACGCCGCCGCCCACCGAGGCUCCGCUUGUCAAGACUGAAGAAGUUGUGCAGCUGGACGAUGAAGAGAGCCCAGCAUCGGAGGGCGAGCCGUGCGGGUCGCCGGGCGGGUCCGGGCGGCUCGUGAUCGACGAGGGGGGCGGCGGUGCGGGGGGUGGCGCGGGGGCGGAGGACGCGCCGCUGUGCCAGGGCUGCCGGCGCCGGGACGCGCAGUUCGUGUGCGCCGGCUGCGCCAACCAGUGGUACUGCAGCAGGGACUGCCAGGUCGCAGCUUGGGAUGAUCACUCAGAAAUGUGUUCCGGAUAGGAUGCGAUUGUGUUGUGUGUGAGCGCUCACAGGCUCACGCCGCGCGCCGACACCGAGCUAAUGUUGGCCGCAUCGCACCCCGCCCUGAAACUGAAGGUCUUCGUCAAAAGAUGACAUUCAACACUGUGCGGGCGUGGCUUGGCAGAAGGGAAACGUCCAGAACGCGCGCUUGCAAAUAACAUCGUAUAGUCGAUAGUAAAGAGCGGGCACCUGUCGAUGUUUAUCGACUAAACAUAGUAGUGUUUCCCCUCACUAUAGUCAAUCGAUAGUGACGUCCAUCAUGAAGUGAAACAAUAGAAGCAUGUUAUUAUCAAAGUAGUCGAUAUGGAAUUUGAUUGGCUGCGAUGAAUGGACUCCCGUCUUCCUUUCUGCGGAGAUGCGUCCCUGGCUUCAGCGACAGCGGACGUCGCCGCGCGUGCUCAUGGCAACACUGUGAUUUGUACGGUGAAAGUGCUUUUAUUCGUAAUCGAAGUGUUAAAUGUUAGCGUGCUAAGUAUGAAACCAGUUUUAUUUAUGUAAGCAAAGUUGUUGUGACUAAAAAAAAAACUUUUGUAAUUUUAUUCGGUAUGUGCUGCGUCGAUUUUGUGUCUGUGAUUGUACCGUCGACUGAAGAUGUUUGGUAUGAAUAAAUCUAUAUUUAUAUAUAGGUAUGUGUUACGUUACAAAUGAUUGAUGCUCUGAAAUAUCGUUCGAGGCAAUACUAGGUUAUAUACUUGCUAGCGGUGCGGCAGGUAUCACCGACUUGCCUAUUCUGCAGCUAAGUAAUCAUACGGUCCUCGAAUACUUAUGCUUGGACCUCAUGUCUCAAGAGGGCGAUAUUGACGUUGCUAUGUUUAUAGCACGAUAGCCCCUCCACAGAAACUAGGACGCGGGAAUGCUUCGCUGCAGGAAGGAGUAGAGAUAGAGAAAUAAAAAAUACACGAUAUGAGAGCGGCGGGGUUACAUUCGAAAACGAGGCUGGCAACACAAGUUGACUUCUGAUGAGAUUGUAGUAAUGCACUCAUGUUCUCUGGCAACCCCUCAGUGACUCACUGACCAACGACUGUUGUAGUGUUGACUGUUAGGUCUAUAUAUUGUUACGCGCUGGGGUUCGGGAUAAAUAAAACUUCUACCGAAGUACAAAUUAGA